GCUCCGCCAACCUAACUCCCUCCUGCCCCAGCCCCUGGUAACCUAACCCCUGCCCCACACCAGUGCCCUUCCCCUGCUCUUUACCAGACCCUAAAGCUUCCUGCCCCAGAGCAGUUGCUGCACUUCACUGGUGAAUGAAACCCGCUGGCAGGGGAGGAGGCCUGGGACCCAGGAAGAUCCUAAGUAUCUGGGCCGCUCUUCCCGCUCCUAUAAAUAGGAGUUCUAGUGCCCUUUCCGGGGGCUUAGGAAGGCAUUGCUGCUUCUGCUGCAGGGGAGGCGUCUGUAUCUGGUUUCCAGGCCUUACAGGCAACAUGAAAUGGCUGCAGUGUAUCUGCAGAAGCAUCUUGCGUCUCCUGUCUCCAGCUGAUUGUUAGAGAGUCUUUUUCUUUCUUUUCUCCUCGAGAGACGUACAGCAGCACCCUGACUUCGCUGUCCUGGCCGCUGCAGCUUAGUGGUUUAUGCGUUGGGUUUGAAACACGCAGGCUCCCGUCAAAAUCCAGGCUGUGAUGGGGGUGCAGCUGGUGGUGAGCCUGCUUACGGCCAGCAUCAUGCAGAAGAUGUCCCCGCACUGCUCCUUCGCUCGCUGGCUGCUCUGCAACGGCAGCCUGUAUCGCUACAAGCACCCUUCGGAGGAGGAGUUGUGUGCCCUGGCUGGGAAGCAGAAGCCCAAGACCAAGCGAGACCGGAGGCUGAAUGGGGUCGCAGAGGAUAAGCCCCUGUCAGUGCCCAAGGACAUCAACCUGCACUUGGAGACCACCCCAGUAACCACAGUGGAUGCUCUUGUGCUGCGCUAUUUCCUGGAGUACCAGUGGUUUGUGGAUUUUGCUGUCUACUCUACCCUCGUCUACCUUUUCACUGAAGGCUACUACUGUCUGGUGGACCCCCAGAAGGAGAUGAAUGUUGGCAUCCUGUGGUGCCUGCUUACGGUCGUCUUCUCCUUCAAGAUCUUCUUCAUGGUGAUGCACCAUUACUUCCGCUCAGAGGAGGGGGGCGAGCGCUCCGUCUGCCUCACCUUCGCCGCCUUCUUCCUCCUCAUCGCCAUGGUGGCGCUCGUCGUGCGGGAGGACUACUUGGAGUUCGGCCUCGACUCGGGGCUUGCCAAUGUCAGUGAUAACCUGGAGAUUUUCUUAAAGCAGCGAGGAUGGGAAUGGACAGUUCCCAUCACCAAACUGACCUUCAAGCUGGGGCUGGUGGCCCUUUGUUCGUUCAUUGGCGCGUGUCUGACGUUCCCGGGGUUGCGGCUGGCGCAGACUCACCUGGACGCUCUGAAGAUGGCUGCGGACAGGCCAAUGACCCAGAUCCUGCUCCACGCGAGUUUCCUGGCACCCCUGGUCGUGGUGCUCAUGUGGAUCAAGCCCAUUUCCCGAGACUUGCUGCUUCGUGCACCCAUGGGGAAGCAAACGGUCCAGAUCAUGUCGGACUCUGCCUACAACUCCACGCGCCUCUGGACCAUUGUCGCCCUCUGCCUGCUGCGCCUGGCCAUGACGCGCCACCACCUGCAGGCCUACCUCCAGCUGGCGGAGCACUGGGUGGAGCAGAUGAAGAGGGAAGCUGGGCGCAUCACUGCCCUGGAGAUCCAGCGCAAGGUCGCGAGGAUUUACUGCUACGUCACCGUGGUCAGCCUGCAGUACCUGGGCCCCAUCAUCCUCACGCUGCACUGCACGCUGCUUCUCAAAUCUCUGGGUGACUACUCGUGGGGCCUGUUCCCCGAGCCCCAACCCGUCUCCCCGGCGGUGGGCGCUGCACCGGCCCGGCCUGCUGCUCCCUCGGCUGAGGAGGAGGGAGGAGAGGACAUGCAGGCCACGGUGGCGCAGAUCACGGGCGCGCUGGGCGCCAUCCUUACCCCGCUUUUCUACCGCGGACUCUUCGCCUUCCUGAUCUGGUGGGUGGCUGUUUGCCAAGUGAUCACCAGCCUCUUUGGCCUCUACUUCCACCAGUACCUGGCAGCCUCCUAACCACAGCUGCAGCCGGGCCCAGGCACCCCGUGACCUGCAGGGCUCCCGCGUGGAAAGUACCCUGUGGGCUACCUGCCACGGGCAGGGGCUCCCAACGGCUCUCUGCCCUGCGGCCAGCCCUUCUCCUCUCCUGCCUGGGCCUGGGCACGCCAGCUCCCCCGCUUUGGGUAGAGACAACCAGCCUCCCUGCUGGGACACGCCUGUCAGGCCGAGGCCGCUGGCUGCUUGUCUGUGCCCACCAAGGGGGCAGGAGUAACGCGGCGGGGGUGUUGGUGCAUCAGCGUCUCCCCAGCCUGCAUUGGAGCCAGUUGGGAGUGGGGGGAGGGGCCCCAAGCUCAGCCAGAAUGGGGACAGCAUCUUCUAGGCGAUUUCUCCCCAGCUUGCUUCGGCCAAGCCGCUCCCCCUCCCCACACCACGGCAGAGCAAACCCCAUCCCAGCAGGGAACUUGCAGCUGGGGGGUCUUGGGCUGCAGGCCACUGUGUGGGGCAGGGGGGGGAAAUCACUGGAUGAGCUAUUAGAACAAACUCUUUUUUUGGUAGCUUUGUUUUUCCACAGUUUGGGUCCUACCACGGCCAAGGCCCUUGCUCCCUGCGGGGGGAGGGGUUGGACAUUUGCCCUGGAGGGAGCUUUAACGAGGGCAUGAAUAGCCAUUCUCCCUAAGCCUGGGAGUGGUGUGCGUGGGGUUCUGUGGCCUGCAUUUGAUUUAAUUUCUCCUCAGGAAAUCAUCCCCCUCCUCUGUGUAAAAUCACCCAGCGGCCUUACUCAUUCUGACGUCUAGAAUAAAUGCAACCAGGUACAGGGAUAUUUUAUGAAUAAAACUGGUAACCUGCUUCCUGGUCAGAUUCCCGCAGUGGUAGCUGGACAGAGGAUUCUUCAAGUCCCCAUCCAAAUGCGUGCUGCAGUGGUGCUGUGUGCUGUUAAAGCAUCUGCUGUGUUCCACCCCAGAGGUGGCCGCAUUUGAGUAAUGGGGGGUGGGGAAGUCAAAGCUAUUGCAGCAAUAUAAGAUGGGGGCAGGAAUGUGACCCAAACAGCAGCUCA